AUCGGACGCCUUCCGUGAGCACGGGCCUCAGCCUCGCCUGGCCUGGCCGCCCUGCUAACGUUUCCGCUCGACAAUCAAUAGCCCGUCAAUUCAUAAACAUGGCAGAGAAAUUCGACAACCUGGAGGAGCACCUGGAGAAGUUCAUCGAGAACAUUCGGCAGCUGGGAAUCAUCGUGAGCGAUUUCCAACCGAGCGGACAAGUUGUGUUGAACCAAAAGCUGAACACAAUGAUCGGCGGGUUGCAAGAGAUCGAGAAGUGCCGGCAGUCUCUUCACGAUGUGCACGUACCGUUGGAAGUCUUUGAAUACAUCGACCAGGGGAAGAACCCCCAGCUCUACACCAAAGAAUGCCUGGAGCGUGCACUCGCGAAGAAUGAGCAGGUCAAGGGCAAGAUCGACGCCAUGAAGAAAUUCCGGAGCCAGCUGAUCGCCGAGCUCAGCCGCGUCUUCCCCGAAGAGAUGAACAAGUACAAAGCGAUCCGUGGCGAGGACGGGUCCGCGACGUAAGCCCGGGUUCAAGAUGCCUUGCUCCCUCGUCUGCCUCCCAUGCAGUACCACGUUCCCGUGCCAGCCUGAAACAGCCACGGAUCUUCACCUUCCCCCGCCCCAACACGAGAAUGCAGAUCCCACAAAGAGCCAUACGGACUGUUGGUGCGAGUGCUGUUGGUAAUCGCCUAUUUUAACCAGCCUAGCACGUAAUAGGGCGGUGUAGCGAGGACCACGCCUGGCUGCCUUUGUCUCCCCAUUGCCGAUGUUUACACACAACAUGUCAUAAUUUUAAAGUUGAGUAGACCUAAGCGGAGGUCCAAGACAGCAACAUAUUCUACUCGCCACUGAUGUUUGCCAUGGCUGAUGUUCAACUUGGGUUGCUGAUUUAAUAGCACAGUACGCUAACAUGAAUAACCUCUUCCCACGUUGAAAUGCUCACACAUAUGUACAUUUACACAGACACACGUGGUCUCUGGGUCUGUGGCCCGAGUUCAGAAUGACUUUCACAAUAAAAAAAAUUGCCUACGCUAAGACUUGUAAUGUAGGUUCUGGGAGAACUUGGGGGUGUUUGAGACCCCCCAUUGCUCAUUCCACACUCGGGUGUGAUCUCACGCACAGACACGGACACAAAUAUCUCCCGUGUAGUCUGAGCAGACUGUUGGGGCAAGUGCUGUUCGCGAGCACCUAUGACGGCCGGCAAGUUACACGAGGGGGUGGCUGGCCAACGCCAAGCCCGAGCCACCUUUGUCUCCCUAAUGGCAAUGUUUACACACCGCACCGGGUUCUCAUUUGAGGCUCAGUCGACCUAGGAGAGGUUCAGAUAAUCGUCGCGGGCGUUGGCCGUGAGCGGAAAUCGAACUCCCGCUCACGGCCAACCGCUGCGCUACGCCCCCCCCCACACACAUGCAGACUCGCUGUUACACACACACACGUGGCGGUUGACGAUGUCGUUCCAAGUGACUGCUGUCGGUUGAAAAGAACAACCUCUGGCGAUUAUGAAAAAUCAACACAAAGCAAGGCCACUUUGUGCUGAAUAGCAAAGGUUUUUUUUAUGCUCGUUUAGCUUCUGUAGAUAUAUCAUCGGUGUUCCUGCAGAAGUGAUGCAGCCCCCCCCCCCAUUAGGCUCGGGUCAGCACAAUGUGAAACGCGCUAUCAACUCGGCAGCCUUCAGGCUCUGCCAGUUCCGAUUUCAUGCGGGCUGCACAGCUUCGAGGAUGAGCCCUUAUCCUUAACAGCUCUAGACACAAUUGCGGCAUUAGGGGCAUGACGAGUCUUAUCGACAGUCUAAAAUCCACGAACAAAAAAAAUCACUACACCCGAGCUGUGGUUUGCUAAAAAAAAUGUAAAAUGGUCACACGAGGCUGCUGUAUCAACUGGGGGUAAUCAUUUCUUUGUAGAUGUUAAAUUGCAACGUUGUCAGUUUGGCUGCAAGAAUUCUGUGGUGUGCCUCGUUAUUUAAGUUGUAUAAUAAAAACAUUUGACCGAGA